CACAGUUUCCAUUUGCUAAAGAUAAAUGAAGCUCGUCAAUUUGCGAAUUCAAGAAAUCUUUGUUAAAGCCUUUUCAUUUGAUUUAUUAUUGAUGUACUACGACCAAAACGAAUCGUUAACUAUAAUUUGUAUUUUGAACUAUUUUUCAAAUAUUCAACACUGAUUGGUUCGCCAAUGCAUUUAUAAAAAUAAUAUUCGAUAAUAAUGUAUUGAAAUAACCUACCCCAUGUAAUUUUGCAAUUUUGAAACAUACUAUUGGACGAAUUAAGCUUGACACAUAAUUCCAAUUACUGAUAAAUUGCGUUGUUCUUUGAAUGAUCUGUAAUUUCAUUUCAACCAGAUAUCAUUUUUUUCAAGUUUCUAUACAUAAAAUAUCAGGACAUUGUGAUAAGGAAAUGACACUAAGUGAUGAAAAUAACGGUGGACGCAAAACAGUUGAUAUUUGUGAUUUAGUACUUGACUAUGUAACACAGUUUCCAUUUGCUAAAGAUGUAAAAUCACGUAUUAAUUUAGAUGAUAUUCACUCAUCUGAUAUUGACUUUACACGUUUACAUAUUACUCAUAAAAAAACAAAAUACCUCUUACCAAAUAUUGUCAAUAGUGAUGCCAAACAAAGUAUUGCAGCGCCACCAACACCUUUAUCGCCAACUCUCAAGAAAAAUCUUAAAAGUCAUGUUCUAUUUUCAUCUAUAUUUACAAACAAAACAAGUGAAACACAGACAAAUCAUUUAAGAACUGAACGUCGAACAAGUUCAUCUUGUCGACUGAGUUUACAAAAGGUUGUUACAAAGGGUGGAAGUAUAAAUUUGCAAAUAGGGCCCCCAAGUAUGUCUGUGCAAGCUAACGGGGGUUUUCGACGUGAAUUAACAAUGUCUAAGAAUAUGGAAGAAGUAUUUGAAGAGGAAUUAAUCUGGACCUUAGAUACAGAGGUCUCUCAUCAGGUGUUUUCUUGGAAAUCUCUAUACGACGGACUACAGCCCUGCACGAAACUGACCUGCAUAUUUUCCGCUGCUAACAUUGGUAGGUGUGUUAUACUGAAUGGCACUGAUUGUAAUCCCGUUCUUCUUUGUUUGGAUCAGUAGAACUAUUGAUUGAUUGAAUUAGAUAAAUUUUUUGACGAAACACAAUGUUAAACCAAUUUAAAUCAAUAAAUUAUGGAGUUUUUUUUACAACAUUAUAAAAUAAAUCAGCUGUCGGAAAUCAUCUGUAUUUUAACUGGUGUGUUGUUUAGAAUUUUAUUGAUUUCUUUAUUUUGAUGUAGUCAAACCAAAAAUUUUCCAUAUGUUUAUAGGGUUAAGUACCAAUAAUUA